AGGCAUAGAUAACGGUGAUUGGAGACCACAUUUAGCUAUGAUAUUGGCUGGUCACUCAUCACAAUCCGACUUAUCACUUUUGGCCUUGGAACGUCUUGGUGAUGGUUUACUAUCACGAAAACAUGUUUAUGCUGCACACUUAUGCUAUUUACUGAUGAAUUCAUUGAAAAAUAUUGAUGAUAAACAGAAAGAAUUUCGUUUACCUGGUAAAAUCUGGUUAAUUGGUGUCCCUCCCACUUAUAUUACCAGUGGUAGUGAUGUUGUCAACAAUACUUCAGAUGGAUUCCAGGAGGAUAAUAUUGCGUCAAAUCAUACUUUAUCCCCAUUGUUCGCUACUUCAGAAGCUAUUCAACUCACUGAAAUAUAUGAAUAUUCUAUCCAAUUGGCUAACCGUAAAUUUCAUCUUCGUCAAUUAAUGCCUUUUCGUCUUGUUUACGCUAUACGACUUUUGGACGCUGGUUUUAUCGAGAAAGCUUAUCGUUAUUUAACAGCUAUCGGGAAUGAGAUUCUCACUGAAAUUGAUGAAACAGCACAUCAACUUAAGCUUCAAUCAGUAUAUAACAAUGAUAAUAAUAAUACAUAUGUUGAUCCAUUAUUGUACAGUUUAAUUAGUAAUUGUCUACGAUUAGCUGAACCAUUACAAUAUCAUCCAGAAAUUGAAAGUUUCGAUAUAUUACAAUUGCCAACUAACAAUCAAAUAAUGGAAGAUUAUGGUUUUGGAUUUCAAUUUAAAAAUCCAUCGUAUUCUAUGCCUGUACAAAAUAAAAAUAAAAAUUGGAUUGAACGAUUAAAUCAAAUCUUUAAUCAAAUGAAUCAAAAGAUCAAUCAUCCACGCUACAAAACAUCUGUAGAAAAACCAAAAGAAAAUCCCAGUAGUGAUGCUAAUGAAGGUAUGAAAACAGAAUAUUCCGAUCAUAAUGAUUCUAAUGAUCCUCCUCCUCCUCCUCAUCAUCAUCAUCAAUCAUCACUACCACCUCAACAACAACAACAACGUCAGUAUCAUCAAUUUAAUAAAGAAUCAAAUUAUAAAUCAUCUGUUGAAUAUAGAUCUAAUGUUCAAACACAUGACUCUUCUUUAUUUUUAUCAACGGAUAAUAGAGAUCAACGUAAAGUUAAUAUUUUUAAUUCAAAUAGAAACGAUAACAAUUAUAUUCCUCAUGAAGUCAGUAAUAAUAAUAAUAAUAAUAAUAAUAAUAAGGAACCAAAAACCAUCUCGAAUUAUUCUUCUAUACGAAAUAAUAAAAAUGAUCAAUUUGUAGAUCCUAUUCAAAAGAUGAAUUCAUCUAAUCAAUCAUCUAUUCAUCAAAGACAAUUGUUUAAUCAUGAAUCAUUCAGUCCACAAUCACCACCUUCAUUAUCAUCAGUACCAUCUCAUGAAUACUCUUAUCAAUCAGAAUCCUAUCGUCAAUUAUCUUCUAAUUCAACAUCUAAUCUUAUUCAACAUAGUGAUAACAUGCAACAUAAUUAUUCUAUGAAUUCACCUGUUCAAUUGUCAAAUUAUCCAUUGUCUUUACAAUCAGAUCAACCAAUCAAUUCAAUGUUGCAAUCAUCAUUAGCAGUUUCAACAUCAUCCUCAUCAUCAUCGGUAACAACUACAUUGAAUGAAAUGAAUAAUUCUAUUUUUAUGCCUAUCAAUUAUCAAACUGAUUCACAAUUAAUGAUAAAUAAUGAUAAUAGUUCAUUAAAUUAUUCUACAUUAUCUAAUCAACAACCGUUUGAUUAUUUUGCAAAUAUUCAAAGUAUUCAGUCACGUUCUCGUACAGUAUCCGGUAAUUCUGAAAGUAAUACUGUUAAUAUGACAAAUCCCACGACUGUUGAUCAAUUGGAUUCAUCAUCCAAUAAUAGUCAGAAUUUCUUAUCUACCAAAUAUGAAAAUUCAUUUACAAACGAACAACAUUUUCAACAACCUCAAAAACAAUCUAUGUCUAAUUUAUCACAAAUGAAUUAUCUUCCUCAACCUUCUAGACAUCCAUCUUCAAUGAUGAAUGAUCAUUUCAAAGAUUAUAAUAAUACUCUUGCUACUACUACUACUUCCACUACUACUAUUAAUAAUGAUAAUAAUAGUAGUAGUGAACGUUUUACACAGGACAAAUCAAGUGAUUUGAAUAAUUUAGAUAAAAAUGAACAACAAUCAAAAGAUGGUUGGUUAUCAGGUUGGUUUGGACGUCUCAAGAAAAAUGGUCCAAAGAAUGUUCAUCUACCGGAUGAUUCUAAGCCUUCUAUAGUUUGGGAUGAUCGCCUUAAACAAUGGAUUGAUGUGAAUGAUCCUGACGGAAAUGAAUCAAACAAGGUACCACCACCUCCACCAGCAUCUUCAUUUAUUAUGCCAAAAAAUGAUGACAGUUCAAUGAGUAAUAGUAGUAGUAGUAAUAAUAUUAAUAAUAAUAGUACACUGAAUCCACCUCUGUUUCCUACUUAUCAUCCAGUCUCUGUUCCUUCAGGGUCUAUUUCAUCACGUACUAGCAAUUCUCGGUCACGUUAUGUAAAUAUAUUGGCUAGUGAUACUUUAGAAUCAGGAGCAAAUAAAUUGAUCAAUCCACUUCAACCCCCACUUCCACAAACAAUUAACAAUUCACGUUCAUAAAACUAAUGAAAUCUUUCACAUUUGUGUGUAAUCAUUCUGUUUAUCUUCUUCAUAAACUAUUCUAUCUAUUAGCAAUUACCCUCCAGCAAACUGUUGUAUUCAUAAUAUUACACCAUGAAUCAUAUGUAUGUACAUGCAUGGAUCCACAUGGAACUCAGUGAAUCUUGUUCUCUCCCAAUUAAAAAAAGAGGAGUUUUCAAAGCACAAUUCUAAGUAUUACAUGAACCAGUGGGGAAUAUAAUACAUUUUAAUGUAGAAAAUAACAAUUUCUUAAUACAAAAAUGAAUUUUCCCUUUAUCUCUUCCAUUUGAGAAAAAUAAUUAAUUAUAUAAUUUAAAUACUAUUGACUUCUUUGAUUAGUUAUUAUUUCCCAUUCGGUUUCUUUUUAAUUUCUCGAAGGUUGUUGUUACUAAGCUCUUUUCUUCUUCUUCUUCUACUCUGGAAUUUAAACUAUUUUCGCCGCCCCCCUCCUUCCACAUUUGGUUACAGCUCAUCACUUUAAUAAUAUUAUUAUUUAAAUUGCACACAAUGAUCCCUUAAUCUGUGAUGUUGUUGAUAAUGAUCAUAUUUCAUGUUCAUACUAUCUUGUGUCUUUUUUUCCUUUCUUUCUUCGCUUUCUUGUUUGUCUUUUGUUGAACAUUUUGUUCAGUUGGCAAUAUUGAUUAAAUUCUUCCUUCAUUCCCAUCCCCCCAUCUUCAUCUUAUUAUUUUGGCAAUCUCUGUUUAUUUUAGUUAAUUUUGAUGCAAGAAUGCUCUAAGAUUGAAAACAAAAGUACACACAUACACACAGUGACAAAAGUGUUUUUUCUUUAUUUCCCCUAUUUUUAACCCGUAUUUCUUUUGGUGUAUAUGUGUUGUGUGUAAAAAUCAUAAAUACACAUGGCUAAAUAUAAGUUUCUCU